AGUAAAACCCUUCACAGUUCACACCAACAACGUUGUUCUUAUUCGUUUCAGAAGAAAAAUAAAAUCUCAAAAUCGAAGAGCUAGGAGAAGAUGUGUAGGUCGUCUGAUUAUUAUCACGGGUACCAAUCCAACGGUCGAGAUCCUUUGCGAAUCCGAGGUUUCUUUGUUCGGUUCUCGGGUCUGGAUACUCGGAAACCAAUACCGGAGUCGCUGACUCUGCUUUACCUUCCUCGUAUAAAUGAUAACGUGCUCGAGGUGGACGGGUCGACGAUCCGACCCGACUCGCCCGCGUUCGUGACGCUCCACCGGGUCGUGAGUGCGAAGACGAGGAGUGAGAACGAGGUUAUAUUCGGGAGCAGAGAACGGGUUCGGGCCAACGAAGCGGUGCGAUUUGAAGUUUACUUGAGGGACGAGAAGGUCUUGAAGGGGAUUUUCAGAAAAGGCGAGGGUAGCGAGUGGAAAUUGGAGUGUAAGUGUGCGAUAGAGAGUGAGGUUAGAGUUACGGAGGCGGAGGUACACGUGGCGGUGGAGGGACACGUGGCGAUGAAUGAGAAGGUGGAGAUGGUAGUGAAGAAUAGUAAUAGAAGGACGAAGAAGAAGUGUGCAAGGUUAGAGGAGAUUCCGGAGGAGAGAGAAGAGCAAGAGGAGGAGAGUGAAUCGGACGGCUGUUGUCGUUGUUGUGGUGAGGAGGAGAGUGGAUCGGACGGUGGAGAUUUGAGGGAAGAUUAUACGGUCGAGAUGGAUGUGGAAGGAGUGAGAUGGGCCGUUGAUAUGGGGAUUUGGGUGAUGUGUUUUGGGUUGGGGUUUUUGGUUUCUAAAGCCUCUGUUAAGAGCUUGAGACGCCGAAAAAUGUUUUGAUCCUUUUUAUUAUUAUUUAUUUUUAGGGGGUUUUAGUUUUUUUUGAAUUCUUUGAUUUGUCAUUGCAAUUGUUGUUCUAAAUUGUAAAGAACCAUGGGUUGUUGGAGAGUCAAUCCCUUUAUUUGACUAUUUUCUAGUCACAAUGAUUGACUUUUUA